AUGACAACAGAAAAUAUCUAUAAGCAAAUAACAACACCCCCUAAGAUGCAAGCCAACGCACCGUCGGACUCGCUUUUAAAUCAACCUAAGCUCUAUGUAAGCGAGUUACAACACAGUAUCGUUGAAGAAGAACUAAAAAAGAUAUUUCAGGAUGUUGAUCCAGUGAGGGUUGAAAUUUAUCGUCAGCCUGGAAGUAACGCGCCCGUAAAUGGCAUCGUUCAUUUUUCAUCGAUAGAAAACGCGGAAAAGGCGUUUGCUAUUUACAACAAUAAGAAAUUAGAAGCGUAUAAAUCGUAUCUAAAAUUAAAUAUUAUUGAUCCUGCUAUUUCCGGACAAGAACCACAAGCUGAAGCACUUAUUCUACAAGUUAAGCAUUUGCCGCUCGGUACUUCAAACAUUAUUAUAUUCAAUCUCUUCCGACCGUUUGGGCCCUUGUUUUCCACAAGGUUACAAUAUCAAGAACAUAAGUUUAAGGGAUGUGCCAUGGUACAAUUUUUCAAACAAGACGAUGCCAAUAAAGCCAAACCUGCGAAUAUCCGCACAAACAUUACAAAUCCUAAUUUAACCGGAGCUGGUCAACAAUUUUCUCCUCCGGGAAAUUACAGCACUCAACAAUCACCUGCGUCUCCGGGUCCUGAAGGCCCUAUUGUGGAUCCAUGUAAUUUGUUCAUCAAGAAUCUUGAUGCUAAUAUCUCUAGCAGUGAUCUUUUCAAUCAUUUUCGUCGAUUUGGUCGUAUUAUUAGUGCUCGUGUCAUGAGAGAUCAAGAGACUAACAAUUCAAAAGGAUUUGGGUUCGUCAGUUAUACUUCUUCUGAAGAGGCGGAUAGAGCCAAGUCAACUAUGCAUGGAAAGACUCUCGGAACAAAACAAAUUGUUGUAAGGCUCCAUGAGCCCAAAAAAUUACGUGAAGCCAAAUUGGCAAACCAAUAUAAUUGUAGCCCUACUUCUCCAUCUGAAAGUCGUGCUCCUUCCAGGCGUAACUCAGAUUAUUUUAUUAUUAAUACUGCUAAUGAAUUUGGACAGGAAGAUCUUUCUGGUUUGGCUCCGAAAGCCCGUAGGGAAGUUCUGAUGUCAGAGCUGCAAAAACGAUUCAAGCAUAUUCCCAGCAUUCCUGCUGAAGAGGUUAACCCAAUCAUUGAAUACUUAUUGAGCAUGAAAACACCUGAAAUUCUACACAUUCUCAAGGAUGCUACUUCUUUGUCACAAAAAAUUACAGAAGCGAGGCAUCAUCUAAUGCUUGAGAAGAAGCGCCGUAGUACUGAAGAAGCGCCUUCAGUUACUGCUGGUAUUAAUGCAAGCAGUAAUGUUCAUAAUGUUCAAGCUUUAUCAUCGAAUGUGCCACAACGUGAAAAGUUUCUUAAAGCUAUCAAGAAGCUUUGUAGCCGUAAUCCUGAAGAAGUUCUCGAUCUUAUCAUGACAUUGAGUCAAAAGGAAAGGUCAUUGUGCUAUUUUAAUGCCGAUUAUCUUACAAAAAAAAUUUUGGAAGCCAAUCAAGCAUUAGAAGCAGUUAAUUGUGACGAAGACGCCCAAGCAUCUUCUUCUAAACCGUCGAUUAACUCUUCUGUAGCCAAAUCAGAAUCCACACAGCUUGUAGAUCCAACUACUGUUUAUGCUCGUGACUCUGCACGCGAUGAGAUUGAACAAUUUAUGGAAAGCAUUAAGAACAAACCCCUUCUUGAACAAAAGCAAAAAUUGGGUGCUCGCCUGUUUCCAAAAGUCAAAGAGUUCAACCUUAAGAGUGCUGUUGCUAGUAAGGUUACUAUUAGCCUUCUGGACUCGUAUGACCUCCGUGACCUGGCUCAUUCGAUGAACGAUCCUGAGAAGUUUAAGCAAAGAGUUACCGCCGCCUCUGAAAAAAUAGGUGUUUCAAAAUAA